AUGGCCCGACUUACUUUUCUCUUCAGCGUUAUUAUAACAUUGGUUAACUUCUGCUCUGCGCUAGAUUGGCCAUUUCCAACUAUGACAGAAGUCAACGGAACCUACUGGCAAGCGUUCAAUUAUUUGAGUUGCUUAAAUGCCAGUCAUUUUCCAGGUGACACAUUGGUCGGUUAUGAUGACGCUGGCGUAUUAGUCGUAGCACUUAACUCGUCAUUAGUUAAUACCACUAUGGCUGACCAGAUCAUGACCACGUGUUAUAUUGCUUUGCGUACUAAUGUCAGGAAUGCCUUGGAAUUUUACGACACAGAGGCACCGGAGCUGGAGGAUGCGACAACAUUGAGUGCGGUACUAGCCCAGGCAGAAUACUUGUUACGGACUGAGCCCUUGGCCCCUUCGAGAAGUAGGAGGAACUGUAGCUCAAUAAGUAGCAAUACCACGCUAACACGCAGGACCGAGGAGUAUUAUGAGAUGUUUCUACACGAGUACUCAGAUUGCUGCGCCUUUUUAUGA